GUGAACUUUUUUUUCUGGCGCCGCGGGGAUCCGCGGAAUCGAUUCAUCACCAUUUCAGUCUCAUUCAGCGGCCAAGGAAGACCGGUCACCUCUCUCUCAAGGGGUGGGCAGAGGAGGCGCAAUCAUCCUCAUCGCUCUUGUCUCUAGGCCAAGCAAGACCAUCGAACAACGUUGUGGAGCAGACGGGGGGCUUCCCUCCUAUAUAAUCGCUGGGUUGAAAUCAACUUGAAUCAUCAUCACUCGCCCACUCAUCUCGACCAUACCGCGCCCCCAAGGCUCCAGGUCUUCCUAACAACCAUCAUGUCCCCUCAUGUCAUUAUUGACAAGUACAAUCUUGUCAUUUCGCUGCUCAUCACGAUCGCAUGGCAAUUGUCAGGAUUCGCCAUAGCUUGGACUUUCAAGUUCGACAAGAUCACCGAUUUUACAGGAGGAUCUAACUUUUUCAUCUUGGCGUUGAUCACGUUGACCACGGGAGGAACUUACUAUGCCAGAAACAUUGUUGCCUCCGUGCUCAUGAUGGUUUGGGCAGCCAGACUGGCCGGUUUCCUUCUCUUCAGGGUUCUCAAAACGGGCAGUGAUACACGCUUCGACGAUAUCCGAAGCCACUUCUUCAAGUUUGCAGGUUUCUGGACUGGUCAGAUCCUCUGGGUCUGGGUGGUGUCCCUUCCCGUGGUCGUCCUCAAUUCACCAGCUGUAUCUGAUCUCGCGAAAGGAGGUUCCAAUCCCAAAUUUGGUACAGGGGCAGAUAUAGCAGGUAUCAUCAUCUUCGCCAUCGGUCUUUUCUGGGAAGCCACCGCCGAUAUCCAAAAGUGGCUGUACAAAUCGUCCAACCCGCCCAAGGGCAAACCAUGUACAAAGGGGCUGUGGUACUACUCUCGUCAUCCGCCUUACUUUGGAGAGAUCACGCUUCACUGGGGUCUAUGGGCGCUCUGUAUCAGUCCGACACUGUAUGGCAAUGUUUCCGAGGGUGGCAGACGAGCGCAAUACGCAUCAAUCACCUCGCCUCUAUUUACCAUCCUCCUUCUCAUGUUCCUCUCUGGCCUGCCCACUGCUGAGAAACCCGCCGCGAAGAAAUACUACCUCCACUCUCACGAGCUCACAGACGGACACGUUCAGGUGAAAUCCGAUUCGUGGGACAAGUACAAACACUACUUAUCCAAAACUUCCAUCUUAUUCCCUGUUCCGCCGAAACUGUAUCGACCAUUACCAGAGUUUGUCAAGCGAUACAUCUUCCUCGACUUGCCAAUGUACAAGUUCAAUGAGCGAGAAGGCAGGGAAGCGCUAGAAGAGGAGAGGAGAGAUAGUGCAUAGAAAUAGAAAUAGGAGGAAUGCAUUCUUUGAAUCAUCAAA